GCCCCGCCCCCUUGCCGUCGGGUUAGUAGGCGGAGCUGAGUACUCGCUGCCAGCGCUUCCGUACUGACGCUGUUCCGCACGACUCCGGAGGGUUAACGGAGGCCGCCCCCACUCGCAGGCCCUACCCGGCGAUGGCCCCCAAACUCCCAGACAAUGUGGAGGCGCUCCGUGUCGCCGGCAACGAGAGCUUCCGCAACGGCCAGUACGCCGAGGCCUCUGCUAUCUACGGGCGCGCGCUGCGGAUGCUGCAGGCGCGAGGUUCUUCACACCCAGAAGAGGAAAGUGUUCUCUAUUCCAACCGAGCAGCAUGCCACUUGAAGGAUGGGAACUGCAGAGACUGCAUCAAAGAUUGCACUUCAGCACUGGCCUUGGUUCCCUUUGGCAUGAAGCCCCUGCUGCGGCGAGCAUCUGCCUAUGAGGCUCUGGAGAAGUAUCACCUAGCCUACGUUGACUAUAAGACUAUACUGCAGAUUGAUGACAAUGUGACAUCAGCCCAGGAAGGUAUCAACAGAAUGACCAGAGUUCUUAUGGACUCACUUGGGCCUGAGUGGCGCCUGAAGCUGCCCUCUAUCCCAUUGGUGCCUCUUUCAGCUCAGAAGAGGUGGAAUUCCUCACCUUCUGAAAACCGCAAAGAGAUAGAUGAAAGCAUAUCCAAAGAAACUGCGAGUACAAAGAGCAGAGUGUCUUCUGCAGGGGAUGCGGAGAGAGCCAGAGUUCUGAAGGAAGAAGGCAAUGAGCUUGUAAAGAAGGGAAACCAUAAGAAAGCUAUUGAGAAGUACAGUGAAAGCCUCUUGUUUAGUAACCUGGAAUCUGCCACGUACAGCAACAGAGCGCUCUGCUAUUUGGUCCUGAAGCAGUACAAGGAAGCAGUGAAGGAUUGCUCGGAAGCCCUCAAGCUGGACUCAAGGAACGUGAAGGCAUUUUACAGGCGAGCUCAAGCCUACAAGGCACUCAAGGACUAUAAAUCCAGCUUUGCAGACAUCAGCAGCCUCCUACAAAUUGAGCCCAAGAAUGGCCCUGCACAGAAGUUGCGGCAGGAAGUGAAGCAGAACCUAAACUAAAAAUCCAAAAGGGCAGCAGAAAACCUCUGCCUGACCUUACCCAGAGAAGCCAGGGGCUGCCGCCUCUGUGCCCACUCCUGAAACCCAGCAUGCCCCGGAGUGAGCUCUGAAGCACCCUCCUGGCCUCUCGAUUGCUUCCCUCCCUUUAAGAGGCUUUGCCUGUUCAAAUUAAGCUCAAUGUAGUCAAACACAGACGUUGUUUCAUCAGAAAGGUCCCCACUAGAGCUGAAGCGUGAAGUUGAAGUCCUGCCCCUGGAUCCCCUGUCUCAGACAGGUCCUUGUCACCAAGCUUUUGGCUUUGUGGCUGCCCCAUUGUGCACCAGACUGAGUGCUGCCCUCAUAGCUUCACCAGAGCCCACCUCACUGCAGUUAAUUGAAUAUCUGAGUUCUUGGGUGGGCGUGGGGGUAAGCUAGAAAACCCUGACCCAAGGCAGCCUGUUGAGCUGGUUCUCCAGGGCUGCAAUCUUCCCAUGUGCAGCUGCUGUCCCUUCCCCGUCCUUGGCACAGUCUCCUGUGUCUGAGCCCCAGUGCCUUUUGUUCAGCCCCUCCUUUGUUGGGUAGGCAGAGCCCUGACCUUUGGCUGGCUCUGUCCUUGACUCUGUGCUGCUGCCUUCUGCAUGGAGCUGCGUAAGGUGUUUGAAAAGCCCAGUGGUUGUGCCUGCUGGUCCUGGAGGUGGGAUGGGGAGAGAGGCCCCCUUGAGGUCAGUGUCCUUCCUUUUUGGGCAGGACUUGCCUUUUUGCUCCAACAGUGGCCUUCUCUAGGCAUCACAGUUCUUUGUAAUAUGUUGAAGUUAAUUUGAACUGACUGAUUUUGUGUGUUUAAGCUAUUGCAUUAAAAGGCUUUCUUCUACAU